AUGCUUGUUCAUUUUGCUAUAAAAGAAGGAGCUGAAAGAAUGACAGCAGGCACUCAAGCUUCCACGAUGAAAGCAGUAUUUCUAGCCGUUGGACUUCUGGCAAUUUCUGCCAUUGCAUUCGCCGAAGAGCAGAAAAAGGAACUCAGCGAGGAGGGACUGGCUGUUUUGAACCAGCUUCAAGAGCUUAGAAAAGAAGAAGAAGACGCUCUCGCUGCCAUUGAUGAUGAGAACGAGAGAGCUCUGAUUAGCAAAAUUCUUGAUAAGGAGGAAGACGAAGCAGAUAAACUUGAGGAAGUCAAGGAGUCGACCCGUGUGAAACGUGCCGUUCGCCGACGUGGUCGUCGUGCCGGUCGCGCUCGUGCAGCCAGAAGGCGUUUCCUUCGUCGUCUUCGCCGCAACCAGAGACGUGCUGCUCAGAAACGCCGUGCCCACGCUCGCCGCCACCGCAAAAACCAAAGACGAGCUGCCGCUAAGAUCCGCCGUAUCCAACAGCGUGGAUAG